GACUACGACGACGUCCGCCGAUUCACUGAAGCGGCCGUCAAAGGAGUCCAAAGAGCGUUGAGCGCCGGCGCGAAGAAGCCGUUAGUCGUCUUACCGACCAAUAGUGACCACUUGAAGGCCUUUAGUCUCUAUGAUUUGGCAACUCUUUUGGGCGCCUAUUCUGCUCUUUAUGUGCCUUUAGAGAUCAGAGAAGCGAUUCCCUUAAAGUCCAAGAAAUUGGAUUCAAUUAAUUUCACAAACUUCUCGUCCGAUGGAAGAACUCAAGUGGCGUAUCGUUUGGCGAAUGCCAUCGAAAGCGGACGAUCUGUGGCUCGAGAUAUCGGCGGAUCCGAUCCCGAAAGAAUGGCCGCACCAAAUGUGGCCACUUAUGUGCAGCAGUUGUUCCAGAACUCGGCGGUCAAAGUCAAUAUCAUCAGUGAUGGCAAACAAAUCGAGAAAGACUUUCCCUGUUAUGCUGCUGUCAAUCGAGCGUCCGUUGAGAGACAUCAGGCGAGGGCUAUAUUCUUGAGUUACGAUCCGCCGGAAAAAGUAACUAAAACAUUGAUAUUUGUGGGAAAGGGAGUCACUUACGACACGGGCGGAGCCGACGUAAAGGCCGGCGGACACAUGGCUGGCAUGCAUCGAGACAAGUGCGGUGCGGCGGCUGUGGCCGGACUCUUCCAAACUGUCGCUCAACUUAAGCCCAAAAGCACUCGAGUGUUGGGCGUUAUGGCGAUG